AUGCAGCGCUACUUCAUGAAUACGUCCUACUUACAGGACCGCCUCAAGGCACUGCACCAACUUCACAAUCGCGCCGUCACGGAUUACGCGGAGCUCGUGCAGAACCUCAACGAAGAGUGUUCUAUCCUUUGUGAUGUUAUUCCUAACUAUCGCAUUUCGGCGACCUUGGAGCAAGAGGAUGGACAGACAGACCAGAGAAAGAAAAAAGAGGUUUUCAAAGUUCAGCAACUAGAACACGAGGUGUUGACUCAAUACGAGCACUUUCUGCAGCUACUGCGGAAGCUCAGCAAGAAAUCUCACCCCGAGCAGCAGGCGCUUGGCAGUCGUAUGUGUGCCCGCUUAGUGAGUUCCGCGGCUCCCGAGUUCAACCACGCCGAAACACUCUUGAUACUGGCUGUAAAUUUUGCUAAUAGUAAGUCCACUCGCGUUGCCCAGCCUUGCAUGAACGCACUUUUCGAGUUGCUGGGUGGUCAAAUGGUUUCUGACGCGACUGAGCACGUUGUGGCGGCCUUGCUAGCCAUCGUUCGAAAGAAGAGUUACGCCAUGAACCCCAAGCUGCUCAACAUCCUGCUGCAUAUUCGGGUGGCGAUGGUGGACAUGCAUCGCGCUGACUUCACCGAGGAAAAGGCCAAGAAUAAGCGACUGAAAAAAGAGGACAAAGAGCUAGCACGGCAAAUGCAAAAGGCAAAGGCCCGGCGAGAUCGGGCCGAGCUUGCAGUGAAGCAGUCUCGCAUUAUUCACCGCGUUUUUGUAAUCUACUUGCGUGUGCUGGAGGCUGCCAAGGCGUGUUCGCCGAUACACAAAACCAAGAUCCUGGCCCCUGCCCUAGAGGGGCUUCUUAAGUUCGCGCCACUUAUCAAUAUUGAGCUGUACCAGCAGCUCAUGCAAGUCCUUAAGGAUCUCGUAUGUGACGAGGAGACAUCCGUUACGACAAAGCUGCAUGCUCUCGUGGCUGCUGCUGCUUUGGCCCAAAAGGAUGCGACGACCACCUCAUCCGAGUGGAGCGUAGACCUUAGCUACUUUCACGAGGUUCUUUUUCGUUGUCUGCCUGAGGCGUUGGGCAUUCCCAGUGCUGAGGGGACCGAACGAGGCAAGAUGACUCGUGACUCAAAGGACGAGGGCGAAGAGUGUAGCCGAGGGGAUGAGGAUGAGGUGUCCUCACGUGGGAGCCUUUCGUCGGUGGCGUUUUCCGUUGCGAACUCAAUGGCUCAAGGAAGCAGCCUCGUGCAGGCGAACGCCGCUAAAGAGUGGACAUUCCAUGUGAACCUGGUCCUACGCGCUGUGGAUAUGCUAGUGCUUUCUCAAAAGCAUCUUUCCAUCGUCCGGAUCACCGCAUUUGUGCGGCGGCUGGUCCAGUUUAUUCCGUCUUGUCCUCCUCAUGCGAGCAUGGCACUCUUGGUGCUGGUGCAUCGACUCUUGCUCCGCUACCCGCUUGCAUCUGGGAUUAUUCUUGGCGGGAACGAUAAUGUUAUAGCGGGGCGCGGCGUAUAUAAUCCUGAAGCCUUACAGACCGCUUCCGCAAAUGCUGAUGCGAGUUUUACAUGGGAGUUAAGCUGCUUAUCUCGUAGUUAUCACCCAACGUUGCGGCAAUUAGCAGAGACUUUUUGCAAGCACUAUCAUCGUCUUGGUAAGUCGCAGAACGGUCAGGCUCCUGUUGUAACCAAGCAGCUGGAUGCACUCGGUCCUUAUGAAAUACUGGAGGAGUAUGAUCCUUCUUUGGGAAAUUGGAAGCCCCGUACACCGUUGCCAGGAGGGUUGAAGGCUGAAAGAACGAGUAACCUCAAGAGGCUUCGUGAGGAGGGAAAGGACGGGGAGGGUGUCUAA